ACCAGCGGGCGGGGGCGAAAGAUGGCGACGCCCCUCGGGUGGUCGCAGGGGGGGUCAGGAUCCGUAUGUCUAGCCUUCGAUCAACUGCGGGACGUGAUUGAAUCUCAGGAGGAAUUGAUCCACCAGCUGAGGAACGUGAUGAUUCUCCAGGAUGAAAAUUUUGUCAGUAAAGAAGAGUUCCAGGCAGUGGAGAAGAAGCUGAUGGAAGAGAAAGCUGCUCAUGCUAAGACCAAGGUCCUCCUGGCCAAGGAAGAGGAGAAAUUGCAGUUUGCCCUUGGAGAAGUAGAGGUGCUAUCCAAACAGUUGGAAAAAGAGAAGCUGGCCUUUGAAAAAGCGCUCUCCAGCGUCAAGAGCAAAGUCCUGCAGGAAUCCAGCAAGAAGGACCAGCUCAUCACCAAAUGCAAUGAAAUUGAGUCUCACAUUAUAAAGCAAGAAGAUGUUCUUAAUGACAAAGAGAAUGAGAUUAAGGAGUUGCAGCAAGUUAUCAGCCAACAAAAACAGAUUUUCAGGAAUCACAUGUCUGACUUCCGGAUCCAGAAGCAGCAGGAGAACUACAUGGCCCAGGUGCUGGACCAGAAGCAUCGGAAGUCCUCGGGGACGCAGCAGGCCCAGAGCCAGCGUCUCAGGGAAAAAUAAAAUGGUCGUCGCUUUCCUGUUCUCUGGCUGUA